AUGGCAAAAGAAGAGGAUGAAAAGUGUCUCAAAUGCAUAUUCGUUGGAAAUGCAGCCGUGGGAAAAACUUCAAUGAUUGUGAGCUACACAACGAAUGCUUAUCCCCACAACUAUGUGCCAACUGCUUUUGAUAACUUCUCCGUUGUGGUCCUAGUCGACAAAAAACCAAUUCGUCUACAGCUUCAUGAUACAGCUGGACAGUCUUCAUUCGAUACUCUUCGCCCUCUAUGCUACACAGAUGCCGACGUCUUCGUCAUUGUUUAUUCAGUCGUCGAUUUACAAUCGUUUGAAGACGUGUCACAUCAUUGGUAUCCGGAAGUCACAAAGAAAAAUCCUGGAACCAAACUGAUUCUGGUGGGAACACAAGCUGAUCAGAGGUGGCAAAUCCGCGGAAAUACUGUAACUCAACUACGUGGAAAGGCGCUGGCCGAGAAAAUCGGAGCGGAAUUCUUCGAGUGUUCUGCAUUGACUCAACACAACUUAAAAGAGAUGUUCGACUCGGCGAUUCUGGCCGGACUCGAGGGGAAGAAAAGCAGAGAGAAGCGAUCGAAUUUCUACACAAAAUCGUCGAAACUAAAAGAAAGAGUUGCCAAAUUCAUCACUCGUACACGAAAUCUUAUCUGA